GGCGGUGUUUAGCCAUAAUUAUGACUCUGUGACUGUGGUAACUAGUGACGACCACACUGGUUUGGAAGAGGCUCUGGCCGGUGUAAAGUGCAUGACAGCUGAAAACAGACUCCAGUCUUUUUAACGUUUGGAUGAAUUAACGUUUCAAAAGCGUAACGUGACAGAAAAUAACGGAAAAGGGGCAGCUGUCAAAAUGUUGUGGAGUAAAGCCUUCUGCCUCUGCGCUGUGCUCAUCCUGAGCCUGUGGUUCUGUGUGGAAGCAGUGCCCAUUGCUGUGGACAAGACUAAAGUGGAAACCCCAGAGCAGAAACUGGAGGCGCCACAGAGUGUGGACACCGGGCUUCACUAUGACCGCUACCUUAGGGAAGUCAUUGAUUUCCUGGAGAAGGACCAGCAUUUCAGAGAGAAGCUCCACAAUACAGACAUGGAGGACAUUAAGCAAGGCAAGCUGGCCAAAGAGCUGGACUUUGUCGGCCAUCACGUGAGGACCAAACUCGACGAGUUGAAGAGGCAGGAGGUGAACAGGCUACGGACGCUCAUCAAAACUAAACAAGACGUUGAGGGAGGGCAUGAAAUGAACCACAAGGCGCUGCUCAAGCAGUUUGAGUACAUGAACCACAUGAACCCACACACCUUCGAAGUGGAGGACCUGGAUAAGCUUAUUAAAUCGGCUACCAGUGACCUGGAAAACUAUGACAAGGAGCGGCACGAGGAGUUUAAGAGGUACGAGAUGAUGAAGGACCACAAGAGGAAGGAGCACCUGAAGAACCUCGAUGAGGAGCAUCGCAAAGACGAGGAGCAGCACUACGAAGAGCUGAGGAAGAAACACGCAGACCAUCCCAAAAUCAACCACCCUGUAAGACAUUUAUCCUAAUACUAUAACUAAACCCCAAAUCAAACACCCUGUAAGACAUUUACCCUGAUACUAUAACUAAACCCCAAUUCAACCACCCUGUAAGACAUUUACCCUGAUACUAUAACUAAACCCCAAAUCAACCACCCUGGAAGACAUUUACCCUGAUACUAUAACUUAACACACAUUCAACCACCCUGUAAGACUUUUACAAUGAUACCAUAAUUAAACCCUCUAUAUUUAUUCAAAGGAGCAUCAAGUUCAUCACCAUGCACUUUCACCACCCUGUGAAGUUCAUCAUAACAUUAUAACUUAUUUAAUAUAUAGCCUUAUAAACUGUGCAUGCUUUUCCAAGUUGCAGUGGGAGGACCACACAACAUAGCAUUGCUUGACUGCAAAUUUACUGCAACAUGAUGGUUAGGCCUAUUCUAUCAACAAUUGCGCAAAACAUAGUUUCCACUGCCAAUUUUGUUGCAUGAUACGUUUCACCGACAAAAAAAAUAAUCCACCCGUCGAGCAUAUUUUGUUUUCUCAAUAUUUAGGAAAGUUUACAGACAAUUUGCUGUUUCCAUCAAGCCUGUUGUAAAAAUGUUUUAUCCAACAGCCACUUUAUUCGCAUAAAAAGGGUUGGGCGGAAACACGAAUACAGUAACUAAACCCCAAAUCAACCACCCUAUUGGACAUUUACAAUGACACUAUGACUAAACCCAAAAUGAAUCUCCAUGUAAGACAUUUACCUUGAUAAUCAACCACCCUCUAAGAUAUUUCAGUGAUAUUAAACCCCAAAUUAUUGAACCCCAAAUUAACUAGCCUUUUUGUGCUGUAGACCUAUACCAUAUGAGUUGGCUAUACAGCACAAACAGAUCUAGGACCAGGCUAGAAAUUAACCACCCUGUAGGAAUUUACAGUGAUACUAAUCUAAUACUAAGAAAGACUCUGUUACUGGCCAAUGUGUGACAUUGGGAUAAACAUUUCAAAAUGGUUUGAAACUAAAGUAAAACAUAUUUUUAUGCAGUUCCACAUGUAUAUUUAGAGGAAUAUAUGCAAAUUGGCCCAUAACUCCACCUAUACAACAACAUAGGCCUAGGACUAUGCAGUGCCUUCAGAAAGUA